ACUGUGUGAAUCAGGAAGUCUUCGAGGCUUUAAGUCUGUGUCUUCAACCGUCUGUCAUUAUUGGGUCAGUAUGGAGCUCAGUCAACUUCCUCUUGUGCUCUUGCUAAUUUGCAAACUCAACUCUGGCCAAACUGAAGAUUUCCCCAAACCGACUCUGACUGUUGAGCCACAGAGUUUAGUGUUCACUGGAGACAGAGUUACUCUGAGAUGUUCGCUGGAUCAGACACUGGGUGGAUGGGAGUUUUUCUGGAGUAAAGACUCGAACACUGAAUCUACUGAUGCUGCAAAUAAAGUAAUCGAUCGUGUGCAAAUCUCUGAUGGAGGACAGUACAGAUGCAGAGCACGAAGAGAUGGACGUUACACAGAUUACAGUGAACCAGUAACAGUGACAAUACAUGAAAUACCAAAAUCCAGAGUGACCAUUAAACCUGAUCAACAUGUGUUCAGAGGAGAGACGGUCACUCUCAGAUGUGACAUUGAUGCUGUAGGAGUCUCUAGCUGGAAGUACAACUGGUAUAAAGAAGGUUCAUCAAUAGAUUCCAGUAAACUACAGAAACACACUAUCGAUUUUGUCACUGAGUCUGACGCAGGGAAAUACUCCUGUAAUGGAUGGGAGACUGACGGAUCAGGCAUUUCACAACUGAGUGAUGAAGUCACACUGACAGUAUCGGAUAAAGCCCGGGCAGUGUUAAGUGUUUCUCCUCAGACGUGGUUGACUGAAGGAGAUCCAGUGACUCUGAACUGUGAGGUUAACGGCUCUUCUACAGGCUGGACAUUCAGCUGGUUCACUGUAACUCCCUCAUCAGACAGGAUUGUUCACUAUGAUCCGCUCUCAGACAGCAGAAGAGGAGCUGGAGGAAAAUACACUGUCAGUUCUGUUGCUGUAAAUCACACAGGAGUUUAUGUGUGCAAAGCAGAGAGAGGAAAACCAGUCUAUAUAAUACAAAGCAGCACACAACCACUGUGGGUCACUGGUGUUUCUCCUCCAGUGUCUCUGAUCAUCAGUCCCAGCAGAACUCAACACUUCACAUCCGACUCUCUCUCUCUGAGCUGUGAGGACCAGAGUAACUCUGAUGGAUGGACAGUGACAAGAUACACAAAGAGUUGGUGGCUGGAAGAUUGUUCAUUAUCAGGGUGGGGAUCACAAACAGGAUCUACAUGUACAAUCAGAUCCACCAGGACAUCAGACACUGCAGUUUACUGGUGUCAGUCUAAAUCUGGAGAGAAAUAUCAUCCUGUUAAUAUCACUGUACACUCUGGUGUGAUUCUGGAGAGUCCUGUUCAUCCUGUGACUGAAGGAGAUAAUCUGACUCUACGCUGUUUAUAUAAUCAUACAUCCCCAUCAAUCCUCAGAUCUGAUUUCUAUAAAGAUGAAUCACUCGUCCAGAGUCAAACUAUAGAGAUGAUCAUCCCGACUGUCUCAAAGUCACAUGAGGGUUUCUACUACUGCAAACACCCGAGAGGAGAGUCGCUCAAGAGCUGGAUCUCAGUCAGAGUGCUGAUUUCAAUCAUCCACUCUGGACACACUGAAGAUUUCCCCAAACCGACUCUGACUGUUGAGCCACAGAGUUCAGUGUUCACUGGAGACAGAGUUACUCUGACAUGUUCGCUGGAUCAGACACUGGGUGGAUGGGAGUUUCUCUGGAGUAAAGACUCAAACGCUGAAACUACUGAUGCUGCAAAUAAAGUAAUCGAUCCUGUGCAAAUCUCUGAUGGAGGACAGUACAGAUGCAGAGCACGAAGAGAAGGACGUUACACAGAUUACAGUGAACCAGUAACAGUGACAAUACAUGAAAGACCAAAACCCAGAGUGACCAUUAAACCUGAUCAACAUGUGUUCAGAGGAGAGACGGUCACUCUCAGAUGUGACAUUGAUGCUGAAGGAGUCUCUAGCUGGAUGUACAACUGGUUUAAAGAAGGUUCAUCAAUAGAUUCCAGUAAACUACAGGAACACACUAUCAGUUAUGUCUCUGAGUCUGACGCAGGGAAAUACUCCUGUAAUGGAUGGGAGACUGAAGGAUCAGGCAUUUCACAACUGAGUGAUGAAGUCACACUGACAGUAUCGGUUCCCAGAACAGUGUUAAGUGUUUCUCCUCAGACGUGGUUGACUGAAGGAGAUCCAGUGACUCUGAACUGUGAGGUUAACGGCUCUUCUACAGGCUGGACAUUCAGCUGGUUCACUGAAAAUCUCUUAUCAAGCAGGAAUGUUUACUAUGAGCCGCUCUCAGACAGCAGAAGAGGAGCUGGAGGAAAAUACACUAUCAGUUCUGUUGCUCUAAAUCACACAGGAGUUUAUAUGUGCAGAGCAGAGAGAGGAAAACCAGUCUACACAACAUGGCCCAGCAACAGACAACCACUGUGGGUCACUGGUGUUUCUCCUCCAGUGUCUCUGAUCAUCAGUCCCAGCAGAACUCAACACUUCACAUUCGACUCUCUCUCUCUGAGCUGUGAGGACCAGAGUAACUCUGAUGGAUGGACAGUGGGAAGAUACACAGAGAGUUUAGGGCUGGAAGAUUGUUCAUUAUUACUGUGGGGAUCACAAACAGGAUCUACAUGUACAAUCAGCUCCACCAGCACAUCAUACACUGGAGUUUACUGGUGUCAGUCUAAAUCUGGAGAGAAAUAUCAUCCUGUUAAUAUCACUGUACACUCUGGUGUGAUUCUGGAGAGUCCUGUUCAUCCUGUGACUGAAGGAGAUAAUCUGACUCUACGCUGUUUAUAUAAUCAUACAUCCCCACCAAUCCUCAGAUCUGAUUUCUAUAAAGAUGAAUCACUCGUCCAGAGUCAAACUAUAGAGAUGAUCAUCCCGACUGUCUCAAAGUCACAUGAGGGUUUCUACUACUGCAAACACCCGAGAGGAGAGUCGCUCAAGAGCUGGAUCUCAGUCAGAGUGCUGAUUUCAAUCAUCCACUCUGGACACACUGAAGAUUUUCCCAAACCGACUCUGACUGUUGAGACACAGAGUUCAGUGAUCACUGGAGACAGAGUUACUCUGAGAUGUUCGCUGGAUCAGACACUGGGUGGAUGGGAGUUUCUCUGGAGUAAAGACUCAAACGCUGAAACUACUGAUGCUGCAAAUAAAGUAAUCGAUCCUGUGCAAAUCUCUGAUGGAGGACAGUACAGAUGCAGAGCACGAAGAGGAGGACGUUACACAGAUUACAGUGAACCAGUAACAGUGACAAUAUAUGAAAGACCAAAACCCAGAGUGACCAUUAAGCCUGAUCAACAUGUGUUCAGUGAAGAGACGGUCACUCUCAGAUGUGACAUUGAUACUAAAGCAGUCUCUAGCUGGAUGUACUACUGGUAUAAAGAAGGUUCAUCAAUAGAUUCCAGUAAACUACAGGAACACACUAUCAGUUAUGUCUCUGAGUCUGACGCAGGGAAAUACUCCUGUUAUGGAUGGGAGACUGACGGAUCAGGCAUUUCACGACUGAGUGAUGAAGUCACACUGACAGUAUCGGAUGAAGCCCAGGCAGUGUUAAGUGUUUCUCCUCAGACGUGGUUGACUGAAGGAGAUCCAGUGACUCUGAACUGUGAGGUUAACGGCUCUUCUACAGGCUGGACAUUCAGCUGGUUCACUGCAUCAGACAUGAGUGUUCGUGAUGAUCAGCUCUCAGACAGCAGAAGAGGAGCUGGAGGAAAAUACACUGUCAGUUCUGUUACUGUAAAUCACACAGGAGUUUAUGUGUGUGAAGCAGAGAGAGGAAAACCAGCCUAUAAAACAUACAUCAGCAACAGACAACCACUGUGGGUCACUGGUGUUUCUCCUCCAGUGUCUCUGAUCAUCAGUCCCAGCAGAACUCAACACUUCACAUCCGACUCUCUCUCUCUGAGCUGUGAGGACCAGAGUAACUCUGAUGGAUGGACAGUGACGAGAUUCAGUGACAAUUGGUGGCCUGCAGAUUGUUCAUCAUUUCCCUGGGGAUCACAAACAGGAUCUACAUGUACAAUCAGCUCCACCAGCACAUCAGACACUGCAGUUUACUGGUGUCAGUCUAAAUCUGGAGAGAAAUAUCAUCCUGUUAAUAUCACUGUACACUCUGGUGUGAUUCUGGAGAGUCCUGUUCAUCCUGUGACUGAAGGAGAUAAUCUGACUCUACGCUGUUUAUAUAAUCAUACAUCCCCAUCAAUCCUCAGAUCUGAUUUCUAUAAAGAUGAAUCACUCGUCCAGAAUCAAACUAUAGAGAUGAUCAUCCCGACUGUCUCAAAGUCACAUGAGGGUUUCUACUACUGCAAACACCCGAGAGGAGAGUCGCUCAAGAGCUGGAUCUCAGUCAGAGUGCUGAUUUCAACCAUCCACUCUGGACACACUGAAGAAAGACCAAAACCCAGAGUGACCAUUAAACCUGAUCAACAUGUGUUCAGUGGAGAGACGGUCACUCUCAGAUGUGACAUUGAUGCUGUUGCAGUCUCUAACUGGAUGUACAACUGGUUUAAAGAAGGUUCAUCAAUAGAUUCCAGUAAACUACAGGAACACACUAUCGAUUUUGUCACUGAGUCUGACGCAGGGAAAUACUCCUGUAAUAUAAGAGAGACUGACGGAUCAGGCAUUUCACGAAAGAGUGAUGAAGUCACACUGACAGUAUCAGAAAGACCAAAACCCAGAGUGACCAUUAAACCUGAUCAACAUGUGUUCAGAGGAGAGACGGUCACUCUCAGAUGUGACAUUGAUGCUGUAGGAGUCUCUAGCUGGAAGUACAACUGGUAUAAAGAAGAUUCAUUCAUGGAUUCCAGUAAACUACAGGAACACACUUUCAAUUAUGUCACUGAGUCUCACGCAGGGAAAUACUCCUGUAAUAUAAUAGAGACUGACGGAUCAGGCAUUUCACGAAAGAGUGAUGAAGUCACACUGACAGUAUCGGAUUUCACAACAGUGUUAAGUGUUUCUCCUCAGACGUGGUUGACUGAAGGAGAUCCAGUGACUCUGAACUGUGAGAUUAACGGCUCUUCUACAGGCUGGACAUUCAGCUGGUUCACUGUAACUCUCUCAUCAGACAGGAUUGUUCGCUAUGAGGAGCUCUCAGACAGCAGAAGAGGAGCUGGAGGAAAAUACACUGUCAGUUCUGUUACUGUAAAUCACACAGGAGUUUAUAUGUGCAGAGCAGAGAGAGGAAAACCAGUCUAUACAACAUCAAACAGCAACACACAACCACUGUGGGUCACUGGUGUUUCUCCUCCAGUGUCUCUGAUCAUCAGUCCCAGCAGAACUCAACACUUCACAUCCGACUCUCUCUCUCUGAGCUGUGAGGACCAGAGUAACUCUGAUGGAUGGACAGUGAGAAGAUACACAGAGAGUUCAGGGCUGGAAGAUUGUUCAUUAUCAGGAUGGGGAUCACAAACAGGAUCUACAUGUACAAUCAACUACACCAGCACAUCAGACACUGCAGUUUACUGGUGUCAGUCUAAAUCUGGAGAGAAAUAUCAUCCUGUUAAUAUCACUGUACACUCUGGUGUGAUUCUGGAGAGUCCUGUUCAUCCUGUGACUGAAGGAGAUAAUCUGACUCUACGCUGUUUAUAUAAUCAUACAUCCCCAUCAAACCUCAGAUCUGAUUUCUAUAAAGAUGAAUCACUCGUCCAGAGUCAAACUAUAGAGAUGAUCAUCCCGACUGUCUCAAAGUCACAUGAGGGUUUCUACUACUGCAAACACCCGAGAGGAGAGUCGCUCAAGAGCUGGAUCUCAGUCAGAGCGUCUCGUUCAGAAUCUCAGAUCUCUGUCCUCAAAAUACUCACUUCUGUUCUGGCAGCUUGUCCAUAUCUGCUGGCGACAGUCGUGCUGAUUUACAAAUGCUGCAGAAUGAGAGAGAAAACACCCCAGUGAUUUAUUACAAGUCAUUGCUAUCAUUAAACGCAAUUGGUUCAAUUAAUAUACUUAAAAGAUGAUAUAGGAGUCACUCCUGAUUCACAAUGUCUAACAUUUUGUGUGUUGCGAUUGUUCAACAUGAACCAGAUUUCCCAACACACUUGAUUUCCAUUGAUUCCAAUCCCAAUUGGUUUUAUACACCAGGAAUUGAUUGUAAAAAGCAGGUUAAACUGUGGAAUAGUGAAGAAAGGGUACAUUUUGAUUUAAUGUUGGCUUUAACAAGGUUUGGCUUUUCUGUUUUUGACCAAUAAACUAUUAUUGUUAAUGUGGAUCAGACCUUCACUAAGCUUUAGCAUCGCUAGUACAUCCCCGUCCUCUCAGAUUCAUUCCCACAAUCCCAUUGGCCAAAUUAUUUUCCUCUUUUAAUAUUUAUAUUUU